UAUAGAUGUCAUGGCUGCAUGGGCGAGCCCCUGUUCUGCACUCAUUGCUGUAGGACUGCUCACAGCUGCAUGCCUCUCCAUAGGAUCAGUCAAUGGACUGGGGAAUUCUUCAAGGACACUUCCUUGACCAAGAUUGGUCUGGAAAUACACCUUGGUCAUGCAGGAGAGCCUUGCCCUGGACUUACUGAUGAGUGGUACAACACAGAUGAUGAAGACAACCAUUUGACCGAAGGCCCUUGGGUGCCCCUGGUCAAUGAUCCUUAG